AUGGGAUGCCGCUGGGCCCCGUACACCAAGUGGCUGGGUGCGAACUCGCUGUCUGCGGCUAAUGGAUUCGUCACGAUGGACAUAUCCCGCGAGGAGGUGAACGUCGAGUACUAUGCACGCGAUAUGAAGUUUGAAGAAGGGGAUCUCUACCCCGUCAAGAAUGAUAUGACUCCUUCGUAUUCAUUCAAGAUCAACCCCCAUGCUCGGUGA